AUGGGUGAGCAUUUGGUGAAUGUUAACGAGCUGCCUAAGCCCGAAUCAGUCGGACCUAGCCAGCCGGUCCUGCAGGCUGUGGAUUGUGGGCCCUCGGGUAAAAAGCCCGAAAUUGUGGGUCCCUCGUCAUCGGCUAGAGAUGAUAAGGUUGUGGUGGAGCUCGAUGAUGAGUUGGACGAUGAGCAAACGCUGCUAAUAGGUAUAGGCGAAUGCCGAAUUUGCCAGGAAGAGGAUUCUAUCCAUAAUUUAGAGAGCCCUUGUGCUUGCUGUGGGAGCCUUAAGUAUGCGCACAGAAAAUGCGUUCAGCAUUGGUGCAACGAAAAGGGAGACAUUACCUGUGAGAUCUGCCAUCAGCCGUAUCAGCCAGAUUACACUGCGCCUCCUCGACCUCAAUCUGACGAGACUAGAAUUGAUAUUGGGGGAUUAUGGCCUAUCGCAGGGGGAACAGUCCAUUUGCACGAUCCUCGACUUGUGGCUCUUGCUGAGGCUGAACGUCAGCUAUUUGAAGGCGAUUAUGAUGAAUUUAACGGUAGCACAAAUGGAACUGCCUUUUGCCGUUCGGCUGCUCUUAUUUUGAUGGCUCUUUUGCUAUUGAGACAUGCACUUUCGGUCACUGGUGAUGGAGAUGAAAAUGAUGACGAUGCAUCAACUUUCUUUUCGCUGUUCUUGCUACGAGCCGUUGGUUUUCUUUUGCCUUGCUACAUUAUGAUCUGGGCCAUCAAUAUCUUGCAACGUCGUAGGCAAAGACAGGAAGCAGCAGCUCUAGCGGCAGCCCGAUUGGCAAUUCUGGUCCGGGCGGCCCAAAGCCGUGGGGGCCUCCUUGUGGCCUCAGCCCAAAGCCCGGUUAGCAAUUCUAGUCCAUAA